UGAAUUUGCAAUGUUGCUACGUUGCGGUGGAAGAUUCCUGCAAUAUAUAUGCAAUCUUUGCGUGCCGUAUGGGUCUUAACCGGGCAGUUUCGUGUUGGCACUUGGCGCGAGAGACACUCGUGCUUCCGCGCCAAGCAAGUCUGUUCACUCACUUAGAAUGACAGCAUUGUAAUUCUCAUCGAGAGAGAUGAGAAUUAUUUUAUUACAGCGACUUCGGUUUCGUCGAAGCAAUCCGUAAAUGGCUUGAUGCAAUCCCGCAGGUAUCCCAUCCAUCAGUUCGAGAGUGCGUACAAUGGGCCGUCCUACAUUCGGACAAAAUUCAUCUUGCCUCUUACUUCUUAUCUUCCGCUCGUCGCUUGAUAAUGCACGCGAUGCUCGCAGAGAGGAAAGAAUGGUGGCUGUGUGAAUCGCCGCGGUGCGUGUCCAAGCGGUGCUCCAAGCUAGCAGCACUUUCAUUGUUCCCCGAAUCGCCUCGACGUGCGGAGGUGCGAGAGAUCUUGCGCGCAUCACCGCAAGCACACCAGCUGGUGUAUCUAUCGUCGUCGUCGUCGGAGGACGAGAGCGAUCGGAAUACCCCGCGAAGUGAUGCAGUUCGAACAGUCGCCGAUUUGGUUAUUUAUGCUUUUGUCGAUUGGUUUCGCAUACGCCGAUAUCAGCAAUUGGGAUGCAUGUAGCGGACGGCUGGAGCGUGCUUUGGAUGCCCUUCACAGGGACUCCAGCAGAAAGAACAAGUUGGACGAAGAGGAGGCUGGGAUGUUGUAUCAACAUGAAUUACGUUCCGCCCCUUUGGAAAUGUCCGUUUCCCGUAUGGCUGUGAAGCUCCCAGAUAAUACGAAGGAGUCCGGACAUCACUGGGCGCGAGUGGAACAUUGCGUAUACGAGCCCGAGCGCAACUCCCUGAGGACGCGUGUCGUGUUCAAUGACCUGGCGGUGGCCGGGACAGUCUCUCUGAUGCCGCGAAAUCAUCGUGCUCUAAUUCCCGCCGAGUCUUGCAAAAUGAUGUUACGACUGAGACGCGCGGGUAUAGAUUUUCUUACGAGUCCAAUCGCUCGUGGACGUGGUCAGAUGCGCAUACGUACGGAAUCCAGCUUCUUGGAGCCCAAGUUCUCCUCGAUUUACGCGUACGGUUGCCGUCCUACGCGCCUUGACAAACAGAUCAAGCGACAAGACAAGUGGCCGCCGUAUCAUUCGACCAAUAAUAAUAAGGUAACUCCGUCAUUACCGUUAUUGCCUGAAAACAAUAAGUACGACGCGGCCGAACCGAGACAAUUGGCAGGCAGCAUUGAAGAAAUGGAUAUACUCAUACCUAACGAGAGUCGAUAUCCACGAUACUCGCACGCUCCGGAAACGGAUUUCGGCGUGUGGAGGAAGAAUUCUUGGAUUACCAAGCCGUCGUCACGCCAGAGACGUUCCAUGACUCGGUACCGGUUCACGCGCACAGCAAUUAUCACGCCACAGGACUUCGUGGACGCCCUGGUGAACGGGCGCAAUUCGACGAAGGAGUCUGCAAAUUUCACAAAAACUCCUGAUCCAACCGAUGACCUUCAGCAUGAAGAUCCACCGAAGAACGUGUCCCGAGCAGUAAGGGAACUCACGGUAGACGACAAUCGCGACAAUUUGUUUCCCAUAGAUUCAAAAGAUUUAAACAAGAGUUGGCAGUCGAAGGAGCACAUCACGAGAGAGAUGGAAGAUGUGUUUCUGCAAGGCGCCAGCCAGGCACUGACCAGAUACAUCGAGCGUCAAUUGCAUCCGGCGAUCAAGGAGACACUGAUGUUGUCCAUGGGUUACACCAUUAGCUACGGAUGAAAAUGAGACCGAUAUUCGAUAGCUCCAAUGUAAUAUUGUAAUUAUGUAUACUUUACAUUAGUCACACCAGUCGUGAUAAUAUUGAAACAUGAAAGUAUUAUCUAGAUAUCGCUCUUCGCACCUCUUUGUCGUCCUGAAAAUAAUAUACUUAAUUUUAUUGAUA